CUACUGCGUUCGGUUCAAUAUUGUACCAGUUGUGCCGCGGCGUUCAUUGUGCGCAAAUAUCGUAAAAUGGAGCUAUGGACCAAUUUGAGUUCACUAUUCGUAUUGUUGCUUCUGGUUCUUUUGUUGUACGACAUUAUCGAUAAGCGCGGAUCCGUAUAUCAAGCACUUAAAAAAUUUCCCGGUCCACCCAUUCGACCGAUCAUUGGGACUUUGCAAGAGACAAUUUUUAUGAACCAAGCGAAAGCUUAUCGAGGUGCGAGGAAAUGGCCGCUUCAAUACGGUGGAUCGUAUCUACUCUGGAUGAAUAGCUCUUUAUGUGUGCUGAACAUAGUUCGAGUUCGUGAAGCUGAACCUCUGCUGUCCAGUACAAAAAAUAUCGACAAGAGUCGUUUUUAUCAUUUUUUGCACCCUUUCUUGGGAUUGGGUUUACUGAACAGCUCCGGUCAAAAGUGGAUGCAUCGACGGAGAAUCCUAACUCCUACCUUUCAUUUUAAUAUUUUGAAUUUAUUUUACGGGACGUUCGUGGAAGAGUGUGAUCAGCUGUUGGAAACGUUGGCAGCAGAUGCGGCCGAAGGGAAACCAACUUCGCUGCAAUCAGUGAUGUGUCGGUUUACUUUGAGUACUAUAUGUGCGACAUCUAUGGGAGUGAAAUUAUCUACGAUGGCUGGAGCUGACGAGUAUCGACAGAAGUUAUACGAAAUUGGUGACUUGUUGGUGCAUCGACUGAUGCGACCCUGGUUAUUCAGUGACUUUGUAUGCAAAAUCAUUGGUUAUCAUGCUGCGCUUGAAAAACUUCUACUUCCUGUGCAUUCUUUCACAACAAAUAUUAUCAACAGUCGAAGAAAACAAUUCCAGCUGAGCUCGGCUACAAUAGACACAGAGGAGAAUGUUUACCUGAACACUAAGAGGCGUUACGCUAUGCUCGAUUCGCUUCUGCUCGCCGAGCAAAAACAACAAAUCGACGAAGAAGGUAUCCGCGAGGAAGUGAAUACCUUCACCUUCGAGGGUCACGACACCACGGCGUCAGCAUUGGUCUUCAUUUUCUUUACACUGGCACGCGAACAAUCGGUCCAGGAGCGAAUUCACCGCGAAAUAGAUGAGGUGUACAACCGAAAGCCCCCGACGGACAAAUCGUUCAAACCGCAAGACUUUGCCGAGAUGAAGUUCCUGGAUCGUGCCUUGAAGGAGUGUCUGCGCUUGUGGCCACCGGUUACAUUCAUAUCCCGAGAGGUCACUGAAACAAUGAUAUUAUCGGACGGAAACGUGAUUCCGGCAGGGACUAUCGCGAACAUUCACAUUACCGACCUGCACAGAGAUCCAGAACAGUUCCCGGAUCCGUUAGUGUUCGAUGCCGAUCGAUUUCUGCCGGAGAACGUGGACCGCAGAAAUCCGUACGCUUAUGUGCCGUUUAGUGCUGGACAGCGAAACUGUAUCGGACAGAAGUAUGCUAUGCUGGAAUUGAAAACAGUCGUAGUGCAUACCUUGCUCCGUUUUCGAGUAUUGCCGGUUACACUACUCGAGGAGAUACAUUUCGUAGCGGAUCUUGUGCUGCGCAGUACGAAUCCGAUCGAGGUGAGGUUCAUCGAGCGCUGAGUUGUGGAGCGAUCCCAAAACUUAUUUUUAAUUUGACAAUAAACGAUGGUAAAUAAAUUUGUAGAAACCUAACAAA